UCUUGUGCCGGCGCGCAAAGCGGGGGAGUGUCGUGCAAAGUCUUCAAAAGUCCGUUUCAGCUCGGCGCCGUGAAAAUGAGUACAUUUUCCGGAUUUUUCGCGGAAAUCCCCGGCAUAUCGGCCGACCGGUUCAUAGAAGUGAACCGAACCCAAUCGCAAGUGUUUUUCCUGUCGCACUGUCACAUGGAUCAUAUGCACGGAUUGCAUCUCGAAGAUUCACUUCCGGGACCGCUGUACGCCAGUCCUAUUUCGGGAGUAUUCCUGAAGCACCGAUUCCCGCAGGUGGCCGGAAACAUUCGCACGGUUGAAAUUGGAGAGACCAUCUCCAUACCAUUGGAACCAGUCGAGCACGCCCCGUCGGAACACCCCCGUGACCUACAAGUGACCACCGUCCCGGCCGGGCACUGCCCCGGCUCGGUAAUGUUCCUCUUCCAAACCAACCACCACAAAGUGCUCUACACCGGCGACUUCCGGUUGUCCCCCAAGGAUCUCCGUAACAUCCUACCCCUCCGGAAUCUCUCCCCGGACGUCAUCUACCUGGACACGACUUUCUUCCUCCCGCAAUACCGCUAUCUUCCACCCCAAUCAGGCAGCCUAUCCAAACUGACCGAACUCUGUCAGGAAUGGCUCUCCCUCAACCCCCAAAACGUAGUCUCCCUAAAGCUUCCGGCCCUGUACGGAUCGGAGUUCCUGUUCAUCGAACUGUCCCGCCGCCUCCGCCACAAAAUCCACGUCAAACGGGAAGAACUACAAAGCUAUCGCUUUCUGACCAGCCUGGACGAUGCGGUCACUGCCGGCGAUCCCGCCGGAACUCGAAUCCAUGCCUGCCUCGGUACCCAUUCCGCCCCUAAAGGGAACCUCCCCUGCCAACCGACGCUGGACGGGAAGUAUAUCCGAGUGAUCCGGCCGUCGGCCCUACGCUGGCGUGGAUUGAAUCCGUCGGAUCCGAUCUGUCGGAGAUUACGCAACGAUCGGGAGGAGUUCUCCGUCUGCUACUCGAACCAUGCCAGCUACGGUGAGCUGGAGGACUUCCUGCGGUAUCUUCGACCGCACGCUGUCCGAUUCAAUGUGGUGUGGAGGGACGAUCCCGGAGGGGAGAAGAUGAGCCAAUUGGUCGGGGAGGUUUGUCCUUGGCUUACCCAGCGGAAGGAUGGCGCGGGUCAAUCGGAGGAGGGAGAGUUUAACUUCGACGGAAUUGUCUACCAAAGUCGAGAGGAUAGCAAGAAGGACAAACUGUUCUCGGAUGAGGACAGUGAUGGCGAGGAAGCUGUGAUAGAACAUUUGCCUAAAAGGAUUCGUAGCUAAGGUAAAUACUUGGGUAAAUAUAAAUGACGGUAUGACCGCUACUAACUGGAA